CCGCGUCCUCGGCUGCCCCGCCCCCCCCUGGUGGCUCUGCGCACGCGCGGGGGCCAUAUUAGCAGCGGAUACUCACGCAGUGGUGGUGGAUUUUCUCUCGCGGAGAAAGAGCUCCGUGUAGGCUCUUCAGCGUCUCCCCUCGGAAUUAUCAUAAAGUUCAGAAAACAUGUCUCGAAGAUAUGACUCCAGGACCACUAUAUUUUCUCCAGAAGGUCGCUUGUACCAAGUUGAAUAUGCCAUGGAAGCUAUAGGGCAUGCAGGCACCUGUUUGGGAAUUUUAGCAAAUGAUGGUGUUCUGCUUGCAGCAGAGAGACGUAACAUCCACAAGCUUCUUGAUGAAGUCUUUUUUUCUGAAAAAAUUUAUAAACUGAAUGAGGAUAUGGCCUGCAGUGUGGCAGGCAUAACUUCUGAUGCUAACGUUCUGACUAAUGAACUGAGGCUCAUUGCUCAAAGGUAUUUAUUGCAGUAUCAGGAGCCAAUUCCUUGUGAGCAGUUGGUCACAGCACUGUGUGAUAUCAAACAAGCUUAUACACAGUUUGGAGGAAAACGUCCCUUUGGUGUUUCAUUGCUUUACAUUGGCUGGGAUAAGCACUAUGGCUUUCAGCUCUAUCAGAGUGACCCUAGCGGAAAUUAUGGAGGAUGGAAAGCUACAUGCAUUGGAAAUAAUAGCGCUGCAGCUGUGUCGAUGUUAAAACAAGAUUACAAAGAAGGAGAAAUGACUUUGAAGUCAGCUCUUGCUUUAGCUAUCAAAGUCCUAAAUAAGACCAUGGAUGUUAGUAAGCUCUCUGCUGAAAAAGUGGAAAUUGCCACACUAACAAGAGAGAAUGGAAAGACAGUCAUCAGAGUUCUCAAACAAAAGGAAGUGGAACAGUUGAUCAAAAAACAUGAGGAAGAAGAAGCAAAAGCUGAGCGUGAGAAGAAAGAAAAAGAACAGAAAGAAAAGGAUAAAUAGAAGACAAAAUCAGGGAUUUUAUAACUCAUUUGGGGCACCAUUUCAGUGUAAAAGCUGUCCUAUUCUUCCACAUUGAGAAAGCUUUGCCUUUUUUUUUUAACUUGUCUAGUGGGAAAAUAGGAUGGUACCAACUGAAUUGGGUCCUUGUUAUUGCUGUCCAGGUGAAUAUUGUAAUGAUGAUUACUCUUUAUGGACAUCUUAAUCACCCUCCCCCUCUUUUUUUUUUUUUUUUUGAAUAAAACUUGGAAAGAAUGGAA